AUGCAUAUCUCACAACUCCACCCUACUUUCCUCUUACUCCUCGCCACCAUCAUCACUACCCACGCCCUACCCACGCCCAGCGAGACCAGCGUGAACCUCAUCUACCAAUUCCCAAACACGACCUGGAUCGAGAACCUAGCCGUCCGCCGAAACGGUGACAUCCUCUGCACCUCUCUCAGUGCCGCCGCGAUCUUCCUAGUGAAUCCCUUCGAGCAUACCGAAGAGAGGGUCCUCCAAUUUGUAGCCGGGAACGGCGUGCUAGGUAUCACGGAAAUAGGAGAUGAUAUCUUCGUGGCCGUCACGUCCCAGGUGAAUCUUAUGACGAGCGAAGCGGCGGCUGGUAGUGCUGCGGCGUGGAGGAUCGAUAUGAAAGCUUGGAGUUCGGGCAGGGAAAACUUCGUCACUCUACUCGCCAACCUCACACAAAUCGGCCUCCCAGACGGCAUCGUCUCCCUCCCCAGCAGACCAACCACCAUCCUCAUCGCAGACGCAGCCAAAGGUCUCGUCUGGAAACUCGACACCCUCAGUGGCAAUUACACCAUCGUGAUCGAAGACGACAUCUUGCACUCCUCCAAUCCAUUCCUUCCACUAGGCGUAGACGGUCUCCACGUCAUCGAUGAGUACUUGUACUUUACGAACCUUGGCGAUAACAUCCUGUGCAGGAUUGCUAUUGAUAAACAUGGUAAUGCUACUGAUGAGAUUGAGCUCGUGGCUACUAUGCCCUUUCCAGAUGAUUUCGCGCUCGCACAGGAUGGGACGGCGUAUGUAGUUGGUGCGAAUCAGUUGUAUAGAGUCUCGCCCGAUGGUGUGGUGGUCGUGCUAGCGGGAGGUAUCAAUGAUACGACUUUGGAGGGCGUCACGUCUGCGCAGUUCGGACGGACUCGGGAGGAUGCUGGGGUGUUGUAUAUGGGAACGAAUGGUGGUCUUCUGGCACCCGUCAACGGACGCCUGAUCGGUGGUCAAAUUUUGGCGAUCGAUAUCGAGCAGUUCAUAUGA